CCAAGAUCGCUGUUGGAGUGCUGGAUGGAGCCUUUCUCUGUCCUCUGUGAUAUUUCCAAUUUUAUAUAAUGCCUCACAUCUCUGCUCCCCCGGGACCCCCUGGAGCCCCAAUGAUCCCGAAGAAGACCGCUUGAACCUAGACCUCAACCCAGGAUGUUGCGGAGGCUGCUGGAGCGGCCCUGCACACUGGCCCUGCUUGUGGGCUCCCAGCUGGCUGUCAUGAUGUACCUGUCGCUGGGAGGCUUCCGAAGCCUCAGUGCCCUAUUUGGCCGAGAGCAGGAGCCAACUUUUGACUAUUCUCAUCCCCACGAUGUCUACAGUAACCUCAGUCACCUGCAUGGGGCCCCUGUUGCCCCAGGGGGCCCUCCAGCACCUCAAGGUCUGCCCUACUGUCCAGAACGAUCCCCUCUCUUAGUGGGUCCCGUGUCCGUGUCCUUUAGCCCAGUGCCGUCGCUGGUAGAGAUUAUGGAGAGGAAUCCCCGGGUGGAACCGGGGGGCCGGUACCGCCCUGCAGGGUGUGAGGCCCGGUCCCGAACAGCCAUAAUUGUGCCCCACCGUGCCCGAGAGCAGCACCUGCGCCUGCUGCUGUACCACCUGCACCCGUUCCUGCAGCGUCAGCAGCUUGCUUAUGGCAUCUAUGUCAUCCACCAGGCUGGAAAUGGAACAUUUAAUAGGGCAAAGCUGCUGAAUGUUGGGGUGCGGGAGGCCCUGCGUGAUGAAGAAUGGGACUGCCUGUUCUUGCAUGAUGUGGACCUACUGCCAGAGAAUGACCACAACCUGUAUGUGUGUGACCCCCGAGGACCCCGACAUGUUGCUGUUGCCAUGAACAAGUUUGGAUACAGCCUCCCGUACCCCCAGUACUUUGGAGGGGUCUCGGCGCUCACUCCUGACCAGUACCUGAAGAUGAAUGGCUUCCCCAAUGAAUACUGGGGCUGGGGUGGUGAGGAUGAUGACAUUGCUACCAGGGUACGCCUCGCUGGGAUGAAGAUCUCUCGCCCCCCCACAUCUGUGGGACACUAUAAGAUGGUGAAGCACCGAGGAGAUAAGGGCAACGAGGAAAAUCCCCACAGAUUUGACCUCCUGGUCCGUACUCAGAAUUCCUGGACACAAGAUGGGAUGAACUCACUGACAUACCGAUUGCUGGCUCGAGAGCUGGGCCCUCUCUAUACGAACAUCACAGCAGACAUUGGAACUGACCCUCGGGGUCCCCGGACUCCCACUGGUCCCCGUUACCCACCUGGCUCCUCCCAGGCUUUCCGUCAAGAGAUGCUGCAGCGCCGGCCCCCAGCCAGGCCUGGCCCUCUGCCUACUGCCAACCACACAGCUCCCCACGGUUCACAAUGACUCCUCUUUAAUCAUGAAAGUGUAUCUUGCCCACCUUAAUCACGAAACCGAAUCAGAGGGGUUGUAUUCUCCCCACCCUCAGCUCCUCACUGCUUUUAGAGGGAUGUGGGGGGACUAACUCCAGUACUGUGCUGGGGGCAGGGGCCUCUCCUCACUGCUGGACUGGAGCUGGGCUCCUCUAGCCCUAGGGGUCCCCCUUUCUUGGGUCACCUGCCAGGGCUUAUGACUGUGAAUCCUUGAUGUCAUGAUUUUAUGUGACGACUCCUGGGAGUCCCCUGCCCAUAGGCAGGAGCAGGGCUGGACCCCAAAUCCCUUCCUCUUCCAUGGAGAGAAGAGCGAUCUGGCUUCUCCCGGGACCUCUGUGAAUAUUUAUUCUAUUUAUGGUUCCCAGGAAGUGUGUUUGAAGGAAGCCCCUCCUUGGGUAUUUCAUCCAGUGCUGGAGUAGCUCCCUCUUCUGGACCUGGCUCAGGGGCCUGGGAUUUUGAUAUAUUUUCUAAUAAAGGACUUUGUCUCGCC